ACUCUUUUUAGACUUUCUCUACGAACUGACUCUACAUAUAUCUUUUAAGAAAAACUACAUCAAGUCUUGAAUAGAAAUCAUUCAUAAAACCAAUCAAAUCAAAAUACAUAUCAAACGAUUAGUGGAUCACAAAAAAAUCGAACGAUAUCAACAAAGUUUACACAUUUUCAUAAAUCAAAUCGAAUAGGAGAUGUGGAAUCUCAUCCUAAGUAUUUUAUUCUUACUUCCAAUUCUAUACUAUACCUUGAUAUUAACUUUACGAUAUAUUUCACCCAACCCAUUACCACCCACACCAGAAUCAUUAAACUACUUAUCAACCGAGCAACCCAAUGCACCAGGUCUACCAUUAAAAUCCAUACAAGAACCCUCAACGCUAGACCUAAGUGUAGUGAUUCCAGCCUAUAAUGAAGAAAACCGAUUGAAAGUCGGCUUAAAAUCCGCCUUAGAUUAUUUACCUACUUUAAAUCAAUCUUAUGAAGUUUUGAUUAUAGAUGAUGGUAGUCAAGAUCAAACCGUUCAAGAAGCUCUUCAACUUGCUUUUGAUCAUCAAGCUUUACUUCAAUCAUCUAAUCCAAAGGUUAAUGGUGAAAUUAGAGUGAUCCGAUUAGGAAAGAAUCGUGGUAAAGGUGGUGCAGUCAAACAUGGAAUCCUAUUUUCACGUGGUCAAAGGAUCUUAUUCGCAGAUGCAGAUGGAGCCAGUGAUUUCUCAGAUCACAAAUUACUAAACGAUCAACUCAAUCAAAUCAUCCUAAAGACCGAAUCCACUCAACUUGGAAUGAGUAUCGGAUCUAGAGCUCAUCUAAUCUCAACUCAACCUGUCGUUUCUAGAUCUCAAUUUCGUAAUUUCUUAAUGAAAGCCUUUCAUCUUUAUCUUUAUUUGUUAGGUUUACGUGAUAUUCGUGAUACUCAAUGUGGAUUUAAAUUGUUAACUAGAGAUUCAGCUAGAGAUUUGUUUAAUGGAUUACAUGUUGAAGGAUGGAUCUUUGAUGUAGAAUUAUUACUGUUAGCCAAAUUAAUGAAUCCUCCAAUACCGAUUGCAGAAGUUCCAAUCACAUGGAACGAAGUAAGUGGUAGUAAAUUAAGUAUCAUUAAAGAUAGUAUCACAAUGGCUAUCGAAUUACUUAUCAUUAGAUUAAAUUAUUUAUUAGGAGUUUGGAAAGUUCCUAAAAGUUCAUCACUUCAGACAUAAAUCUCACCUCACCUUUUCAUUUUUUUUUCUUUCUCAAGAGACAUUUUUGCAAUCCUCUUCUCUUCUCAUCGACACCAGAGGCUAUAUCCUUUUUUCUUUUUGAAUCGGUUCAUGUUAAUAAAUCUUUCAUCUCACUUUUGUUACCUAUACCUUUCUUUUUGUUAAUAUAGUCAUCUUUCAUUUUCUUUUCCUCGCUUACCUUUUUUUUUCUUAUAGCAUGGUUUGAAAAACUUUUUGUGAUCCAUAGAAUGUCUGUGAUUGCACGUUGGUUUUGUGUUUGGAUGCAAAAAAAUGCAGAGUUUUUUCUUGCGC